AUGGAUCCACGAACGCACGUUGAGAUGGCGCGGGACCAUGUGCUUCAUCCGAGCAACCCGGACGCGCAAGACGCAUACGACUUCCAGGCCUUCAAGGAGAAGUUCAAGAUUGAAAUGCAGGCCAUUGACGGCAUGGACAUGGAGUUUGACAUGAUUGGUGUGGAUGCCGCCAUCGCCAACGCUGUGCGGCGCAUCCUCAUCAGCGAAGUGCCGACCAUGGCCAUUGAGCAGGCUUACAUCUAUCACAACAGCAGCGUCUUGCCCGAUGAGAUGCUGGCGCACCGCAUUGGGCUCAUCCCGCUUGCCGUGGAUGCCCGUCGCUUCAGGACCCUCGAGGAAGACAACAACGAGAUGAACGACUUGAAUACACUCGUGUUUGACCUGGAUGUGGAGUGCAAGCACCGCGAGGGUGCCAAGGCCGGCGAAACCGACAAGAACAAGAAAUACAUCAACCACAUGGUCAUGUCCAGUGAUAUCAAGUGGCAGCCCAAAGGGAACCAGAAAGACCGGUUCAAGACGGCCAUCUGCCCCGUACACGAGGACAUCCCCAUUGUUGAGCUGCGCCCGGGCCAGCGCGUGUCCAUGGAGCUGCACUGCUCAAAGGGCGUUGGAAAGCUGCACGCCAAGUGGUCCCCCGUGGCCACCGCGUCGUAUCGCAACGCUCCGCACAUUGUCCUCAAGCAGCGCGUCACAGGAGACCUGGCAUACCGCCUCCAACAGUGCUUCACAGACGGUGUGAUUGAGGUGCGUGACGGUGAGGCAGAGGUUGUGAACAGCCGUGCGGACAUGAUGAGCAGGGAGCAUCUGCGCCACGACGACCUCGCACCGCUCGUCCACACCACACGCAGGCGCAACCACUUCAUCUUCCAAGUUGAGUCGACGGGCGCGCUUGAGCCGGACGUGCUGGUGUGUGAGGCCGUGGGCGUCCUCAAGGACAAGUGCUCGCGGCUUCUCGAUCAACUCAACGCCAUCACCGGCACAGAGUAG